CUUGUCUUACGUCAUAUGAAAUCAUCCAGUAUCCUAGAGACGUUUCAGGUCCAUCAACACUUCGCUGCUGGGCACGACCUGCGGGACUCUGAGGCUGAACAACACGCAGAAAAACAGAAAAACUGUCACCAGUCCGGGGCGAAGAUGAAGCUGCAUCUAUUAUCUCUGCUGUGUCUGUCCCUUCUUUUGUUUAAUUUAUCAAUGGCCAAGAGAGGAGGCAGCUUUGGGAAAAGCUCCGGCUUCGGCUCAAAAAGGAAGGGCUCCACACCUAACCGAGGCAACACCAACAAAAAUAAUCAGGGCUCCAACUCUCAGGCAGGAUACCCCAGACAGCCUGGAAAAACCAAUCAGGGCGGUUACAAUCCGCAGUCAGGCAGACCAGGGUAUCCAGGUAGUUACCCCCGGCAGCCGGCUGGAGGCUACCAGAACCAAGCAGGGGGCUCCUAUGGAGGAGGAUACAUGAACAGAAACCCAAACAACAAAGUCCUGAGCCCACAAUAUGGUGGCAGUUUUGGACACGGGGGCUAUGGAGCUCGGGGCGGCUCUCCCUUUUCCCACUCAGUUCAGUCAAUGGGCAUGUAUCCCUCUGAUAGGUCCAGAGGGUUUGGACGCAGUGCAGUGAUGGGAGUAGCUGGAGGGGCUAUGAUGGGGAUGGCUCUGGGUUACGGGCUAGGGAGGUUCCCCCGUCCCCCCUACAACUUCCACAACUCCCAGGAGGAGCAGCACUACAACGACUACAUGUACAGGAAAUACGGUUCCAAGUCCACUGAUACCAACGACUACAGCAGAGACUACAAAUACAUCCAACCUCCUGAAACCUAUGAUAGCUACAUGGACUCCUGCAUGAAGAGAACAGACAUUCUGCCUGCGGGGAAUCCAAAAACAAACAACAACCCAGUUGCUACCACCUCAACCCCCGCCCCUGGAACAGGAAGUAACACAACGGAGACGAACAACACUGCAGCGGAUAACUCCUCAACCCCUGCACCUUCUGCUCCACGCCCUCUGAACCAGCCUGAAGCUGAUCCUGUGCCCUCAGCAUCACAGGGUCCCAACAGUGAUGAUGAUGACGAGGAUACAGUCAGCAUUGUUGAGAUUGGAUACCCCGCCCUGAUGGAGCAGAUGCAGGCCAGGAAAUGCUUGGAGCUGUACUUGAUCAUCUCUGAAAAGUACAUAAAGAAACAGAUGAGUGGUGUUCAGGGACUAGUGGGCUCGCGAGGGCUUUUAGCUGCGGUCACUAGCGCCACACUAAUGCUUCUGAAUACCAGCAUGCUAAUGCUGCUGCACUGAGGCGUUAGUUAGCACUGACGAGAAUGUUAAGUGGAGUCCAGGAAACGAUAAGGGAGAAAGAAACCUGCUUCCUUUUAUAGGACUUCCUUUUCUUUUGUGGAUUUCUACUUUUACCUUUCCUUAAUAUUCCGGCAUUAGAUCCUCAUGCAUGUGCUUGACCACACAGCUGGCACACAGUUGGGAUGGCCUGAUCUCAGAGAUUGGGAUCUGGGCUGAGUAAGGCUUUUUUUGAUUGUAUUGAGCUAGUGAGCAUGAUCCAAUCCUCCUUUUUUCUGCAGCUCUCACACAGCUUCUAACGUGCAGCUUUCAGAUAACAGAGGAUUUGUUUUUUAAUUCUUUGUUAUUUCAUAAAAAAAAAAAAAAAACACUUAGUCAUAGCUUCGGAUGCAGGGACUGAUUUUCUUAAUGCUUUGCAAAGCAAUUCAAUUUUCAGUUGUUUAAAACUAAAUCUGUGUGUACCUGGAGUGUGCACUGUGCAGCUUUUUAGAAGCUCAAUAUUGAAUGCACUUGGCUGAGGCAUCCGUUGCACACAGCAUUGCAUCUUUGAAAUAGGAUUCAAGGAAAGGAGAGGAAAAGGUUAGACAUGAAAGCCAGAGAGAAACUAAUUGCACUUCAGUGAGUGGCCAUUAACGCUACUCCAAGCUUUUGAUGGUAGAGAAGUCUGGCCCGUUAAUGUCCAUUUAUAUUCUACUGAACAUGAGAUAAGAGACAGAGAGCAGAGAACGCUCUCUACCUAUAAAGGUUACUCAUCCUUCCAUGUUUGUGAUGUGAUUUUCUGAAACCUAGUCCUUGUAGAUGUUUUUCUUUUGUCUCGGAGGAAAAAGCACAAGAGAGGGUUAGGGUUAGUAGGUUAGUUUGUACCUGAUGCUGCAUUGGAAAUAUGGACAUGCGCUUUUUCAGUGUGAUAUUAUUAUAUGAAUUGAAGGGAUAUUGAUGUUGGAGGACUGUGUGAUUCAAGGAAAGUAUCAAUUUAUACUGGACGUUAACUUAUUUAUUGUUCUACCUUUACACAUUUCUGUGCUUUAGAGAGGUUUUACACUGAGCAUGGCUGAGGAUUUGUAAUGUAUCAUAUCUACAUUACUACUGUAGUUUAAAACAUGAAUGGACUUUUAUCAUAUAAGUUCCAGUGAAAUACAGAAACUCACCUCAAACACUGAUUAUAAUAUCUCUCUGUAUUUGUUUUCUUCGGAUGAACCGACUCUAAGCACAGACAAUAGUAUGCAUGAUGUUCUCUUACACUUCUUAAAUUACUUACUUUGGAAUCAAUGCAAAACUGCUUUUCUUUCAUAUUUAUGUAUGUUGUCUUUACCCUUUUCCAUGUGUCGGGUCUGGAGAUUGAACUGUGUGUUGUAUAUUUUUGUACACACUUCUCCUUCCUCUCUCUGAUCCAAUGUGUUGCCUUCUUCUUGUGCCCUGGGUGGGAUGUGAUUGCAGAAGUGCUCUUAAAGUUGAACCCCUCUGAUGUAACCCUGAGCUGAAUUGAUCUGCAAAUGUUAUUUAAUGUCCUCUCCAUCAGAUUAGUUUAUUGUUGCUAAACCUGCAUACGACUUAUACAAUACUUUUGUUUUAAAAAAAUAUAUAAAAGCGGAUUACAUAAAAAAAAAAUGAAAGGUACUCCGGAGUUUUAAAUGCAUCAGACAGUUUGAAUUAAAAAUGUCCAUACCAUAUAAAAAAAAUAAGCUGUUUGAGCUAAAUAAAAACAUUGCCACCUUCUUGUUGGUAUAAAAUCCUCUCCGCUAAUUCAGCCUUCACUCUUGAUUUCUCCAUUUAUGACUUUGUCCAUUGGUGGAAGAAAUAUUUAAAUGAAAUAUGUAUUGUAGUACCACCACACUGUAAAUACUCCACCUUAAGUGAAAGUGCUGAAUUUAAAACCUUAGGAAAGUAAAGAUAUGUGUCUUUUUAUUAGCAAAAUGUCCCUGAAGUGUCAAAAGUAAAAUAACUUAUCAAUUACAAAAUUAAUUAUUAAAGUCUUAGUUAAAUGUUACGUUAAGUUAGAGCUGCUAAUAUUAAUCUAUAAGUUGUUCAUUAUUACAUUUCUUUACUGUUUUGACAAAUAUUCCUCUGAUUUAAGCUUCUUAAAUGUGAAUAGUUUCUAGUUUGUUCUUUCCUCUAUGACAGUGAACUGAAUUUCUUUGAAUUCUGGAUAAAACCAGAGUAAGGACAAACCAAGUAAGCUAGCGUAAAAUGGAGAUGCUCAAGUAAGGAACAAGCCCUUAUAGUGUUUUAUUUGAGUGAAUGUAUUUAGUUACAUAUCAGCACCGAACCAGGUAACUCACAUUUCAGAGACAAUCACUGAGCCAAUAGCCAAAGCUUGUUUGGACUGUAGAACCAUAUCAUGAAAAACCCCAAGGCGUACCCUUUAAUGUGUUUUUAUAUGUACCCUAUAAUUGUGUCUGGCUUUGAAUGUAGUUGAAAAUGCACAUGUAACGUAUUUAAAGCAAAGUAUGCCUUUUACUGUGAGGGAUCACAUUUAAUGUGCUGCUGGAACUUUACUGAAUACUGAGGGUCGACUCACAUCUCUUGCUUGUCAAUAAACCCUAUAAACCUACUCAUGAA